CGCUACCCACCCGGAUAUGACGAAACCACCCGAAGGUUAGGAAUCGGAUAUUCGGAUAUUUCCGUUGACUGAAGAGCAUUAAAGAAUCUCAUUGGUCAACAUAAAUUAUUAUUGAAUUUUAUAUUGGCUGUAGUCACGUCCUCACUGGUUUUCACGUCGUGGGAGCGGACGUGACGCAGAUCAUCGGGAAAUGAAUCCCGUGUGAAGGGAACGGACAACGGAGUGCAGUCGACGAAUCUGAACGGAUCACGGACAGUUGACAAAACGUCCUGUAUCUGAGUCUGUCUGGUUCGUGCCUGUCUGAGCAUUGCUCAAUACCGAUCGGUGAACAAGCGAGCCAAUAGUGAUUGUCGUAACGUCGUCUGUUGAAAUUUUAUGCGGUUUUACCGUUCAGCAAAGAAGGCGACAAUUCGCACCGGUGAUCAUCCUUUCGAAGGAUCAAACACGACGGCACGAUGAGCUUCCUAUUUGGAAGCAGAUCUUCAAAAACAUUUAAGCCAAAGAAAAAUAUCCCUGAGGGGACACAUCAGUAUGAUCUCAUGAAACAUGCUGCUGCCACUCUUGGCUCUGGUAAUCUGCGGCUCGCUGUUAUGUUGCCUGAAGGAGAGGAUCUCAAUGAAUGGGUCGCUGUUAAUACUGUUGAUUUCUUCAAUCAGAUUAACAUGUUAUAUGGUACUAUUACGGAGUUCUGCACAGAAGAAAGUUGUCCAAUAAUGUCAGCAGGACCAAAGUACGAAUAUCACUGGGCUGAUGGUCAUACUGUCAAGAAACCAAUCAAGUGUUCUGCACCCAAGUACAUUGAUUACCUUAUGACAUGGGUACAAGAUCAGCUGGAUGAUGAAACAUUGUUUCCUUCCAAAAUUGGAGUACCAUUCCCUAAAAAUUUCCUUUCAAUCGCCAAAACAAUAUUGAAGCGAUUAUUCAGGGUAUACGCCCAUAUUUAUCAUCAGCACUUCAGCCAGGUGGUUCAACUUGGUGAGGAGGCUCACCUAAACACGUCGUUCAAGCACUUCAUUUUCUUCGUUCAGGAGUUCAAUCUGAUAGAUAGACGAGAAUUAGCUCCUUUACAGGAGCUAAUAGAAAAGUUGACUGCAAAGGACGCGCGAUGAACACUCUCUUCUCCUACUCCAAUCUGUGAAACUCCUCCAAAGAAUCUCAUCUGCGCUAUUUCCGCUAAUUACUAUAUAAUUACGUGUAUUAUUUAACUAAUCGUACCAUCGCUAAUUGAGCUUCGUUGCGAGCCAUAGAUCCUUGUUAUUCGUAUUCUCUUGCUGAUGUAGCUGUGCCGUAUCGAAGCGCGGUCACGAAUUUCGUGAAUGUCCCGAAAUACGUCGUUCUGUCCGUUUAAUCUUGCAAGAAAACAAUAAUGGCCGCCGGAAGCAAAUGGAACUAACAAACGGACAGAACGUCAUGAUGUAAAUUUUUGUUAGAUUUAUUGUUUGCAAGAUCGACUCGAUUCUCGAUAAUUUACCCACAGUUUUCACUCUGAGAUGAAAUGAGAAAGAGUUUUACCGCGUUGCCGAAAUUCGUUAUUUAUUUGACAUUAGGAAGUUCCAUAUCUCUUGAAGUCGAGUUGACUUUUCUUCUCGGUGAUUCACUCGUAACUGCUUGACGCUCAGCACGUGUAUACGAAGAAAAAUUAUUCCGUGAUCCCUGUGGCAGUUUCACAUUCGAUAUAUCGUCAUAUCAUGACCGAUUAGACGCGCUGUUCAAAGUAACCCCUAUCUCGUAUGCUUUGCUUCCGAUAAAGACAAAAUAAUUAUAAAGAAUACAAGGAAGCUUCGUAGGAGUUUCCACUGUCGUAAAAACCAUAAAAAUUACCUCCUCUCUACCAUAGCAACCAAUAUUUAUGCUUUCAAUAAUAGAAUCGCGGGUCGUUUUCUACACUUAGUUUGUAUCUGAGAGUCACACAAAAUAAUGGAAAGUAACUGGAAACUUAAAAGAAAAAAGGGGGAAAUACAAGUAGUCGUAUAAUGACGCGAUAUUAAGUAUCUUACGUCAUUAGAUGCAGGCGAGGGAGAGAGUGAUUAACUGACGGAACGAUGCACUGUCAAUGAUUAAUAAUGAUGACACAUAAACUGUCAAUUCUGAGAUGUCGCACUGCACCUGGUAUGUAAGGGUAUUAGUCUAACGUUAUUUUACUACUCAGCUAUUUUACCAUUAUUAUAAUAUCAUCGUAUUAAGCGCUUAUUAGAAUUAUAAUUCCGCUUGUUCACUCGAAUUGUGAGUAAAUUAUAAAAUCCAGCACAGAGAACUUCUCCUGGCACCAGCCGCCCUCGGUUCGUUACGUUAAUACGUGCAGUCUGUCGGUACGUGUGCUCCAUUUGGUUUACUCGGCGAAGCACGAUAAAAGCAGGGCUGCCGAAUGAUAAUUGUACUAACGGCACGGAAAGCUACGCGGCACGUGCUACGUAGAUUGGCGCGUAAUGCACAAGAAAGAGAUGAAAAACAGAAAAAGAGGAAGUAGAGGGGAAGGUGGCCAGCCGUUGGCUCCUCGCCAGUCGCGAGUACGAAGGAAACGCGUGAAAGUGCUAGCGCGAAGACACAUAGAUUGUGACUCGUGCGGUACGUUAAAAAAUUAAUGAGAUGAACUUAAUGAGAUGUUUUCAUGUAUAUCGUCGUUACGGUUGUCACUGUAUACCGUAACAAUUUUUGUAUAUAUGCAAUGAUUCGUUUUUGUAAUGACUCUCCGUAAGUGCGUAUAUUAGGGUGAACUGUUUGGUGUUGAAUCUUCGAAAGAACGAAAGAGGGAAUGAACUGAUGGCAACGUGUGGCGGAGAAGAAAGAGAAAAAGAGAACGAGUGAAAGGGAGAAACAAUAUGAGAAGCGAGAUAUCUACGCGAUUUAUGGAUUUAAUCGCGUGCGCUGGACAAGACUCGGGAGCUUCUCCAUGGUGCGCGCCACAGGUUCGAAUAUAUAUAUUUGACAUUUAGCGAGCAUAAGGAUACAUACAUAUAUUUUAUAUUAAGUAUUUACAGGAUAAGAAAAAGGAUAUUUGAAUGAUGGAUGAAGAAAAAAAAAGAAUGUUCAUACGCGUCAAUACGCAUGGAUAAGCAAUACGUAGACGACGCAGGCCAUUUUUGCGAUUUUUGCGAUUUUUAUAUCAUUCUUUGAUUUUACAGCAGACACCUUUCACAGGCAUGCUCUCUCUUUUCUUUUUGACUUCUCAUCGGCCAGGAUCAAGCAUCAAGCAGUUUUUUCCCGUGAAUUAUACAUUACGGCUAUAGUGAAUUAGUAUCUCGCGAUAUAAAUAAUAAAAUGGAGCUCUUGGGCGUGGUCAUCGACAACAGGUGAAUGACAAUGAAAACGAAAAAUGGCAGAAGACAUAUUAACCCGCGCAAUAGGUGUAAACGUAAUGCUAAUGUAACUGCACACCGAUUACUAUAGUGUAUUCAGUACUUAAGAAGGAUCGGCCGUUCGUCGCUACCGGAUAGAGCGUUUUGCGUUUUAUCUUCCGUUAGAUAAAGAAAUAAAUAAUAACAGUAUCCACACAGUCACCUGGUCCCUGCGAGCUCAGUCAUGCCCGCGGAUCCUUUUCGCAAGGCUCACUAGAGUAAACACAAUCGCCAGCAGGGAAUCACUUAUAUAUUAGCGCCUGUGUAGAUGCAUCUCACACUUACGAUCAGUUGCAUCCGUUUGUAAAAAUUAAUUAAUAGCCGUCAUCGGAUUUUUAAUAGAUUUAUAAUUAAUUCUUUCACGGCUCUAAUUGCACGAAAUGAAAAAAAUCCAUGGCAUUUUAUUUUUAUCUCGUUCUUGUGCGACGUUAAAUACAUACUUAUACAAUUCAAGCUACUGCUCUCGAUACGUUUUAGCAACGUAUCCAUAUAAACAUGGCCGAAGGAUUAUGUGGCUGCGUGUUCGUAUUACAUAAAUAUUUGUCCUUCGUGCGAAUGGAGCUGUGGAGAGUAAAGAGGAGAAUUGCUCAAUGCGUUCGACCGAGCACGAUGCCAGCCGACGUGUCUCUGUCGAACGAUUGGCAAUUUUUUUAUUUUAGACUUAAGUUUCAAAAGUCAUGACAAUUUUAUUCGAGAUUCUCUGUAUUCGAAUUUUGACUUUGAUCCUUUUAGUCGGCCGAGUACAGGAUCUCUUGUUUUAAUACGAUUCGACAGGACCAAAUUGAAAAUAUUCGACGCGGCCUUGGAUCAAUGUAAUUCGAAAGAGGUAGUUCUGUCGUGAUUACAAAAAAUAUAAUACUUUUUCACUGGUGCCUCUUGAGGUCUGAUUUUCAAUUUGUGAAUGCGACCGAUGAGCGAGAAUCAGGAUCCAAGACAGUUGUCUCUCUCUCUCCUUUUGGCAAAUCAUGUUUUCUUAACUCUCUAGCAAUUCUAGUGAUAUAACUGUGCAAUGUAAAUAGUAUUUUUCUCAAAUAAAGGAAUACUUGAUGUAAUUACAAGAAACGCGAUCGAUCGAUCGUCGUAAUUAGCUAUAUGAAUGUAUACGGAUGACGUAUUAUUUGUUUAGGAUUCUGGCACGCGGAAUAUUUUCGUAUGACGCUGGUUUUGUAUAUGCGUGCACACGUGCUACGAUCGCCGCGAUUGCAAUUCGUUAAAAUAUUGGGCCAAUCGAUUCUGUAACCUGUAAGCAAUAUUAAUCGAUACGCCUGAGUAUUGCGAGCCUUUUGUUACUUUGCGAGAAAUUAAUAAAUGAUCCAAGAUCA